AUGUCCACAGGAGGUAAGGUCCAGUGGAUCAAUCCCCACAUGAUGAGAGCGCAAAACUUCACUAUAAGAUUUGUAAAGCCAUCUAGGCACAUGCCAGGAAUCGUGGCACUAAGAGAGAUCAGAAAGUAUCAGAAGAGCACGGUAACAUUGAUCCAGAAAUUUCCAUUCCAACGCCUGGUGAAAGAAAUAGCCCAAAAUUUGAAGGAGGAGUUCCGGUUCCAGAGCAGCGCUGUUGAUGCUCUCUAA